CUUUGACUCACGCGCGAUCGAUUAAUAGGCAGCUUUUCACAAAUUGAAAUUUAAUAUCGUCUACAGGACUUUAUGGAAAUUCGACACGCUCUGCAACCCACGAGAAAACGGUUCUACUGCGCCGGAAACUUCCUUUGAAAGAGAUGAAACGAUUCUUUAAAGUUUCGAACGAUUCUUAUUCAUGAGGUACAACGCGGAACAUAGUUCUCGAAAACAGUAGCGAAAUAGUGUUGCAACGUUUCUAGUCUGUUCAAGCGUAUAGGCGGUGCGCUGUAUUUUGCCUUCGAAUUUUAUAUAAUUCUUUCUGGCCAGAAACAGAGGCUGCCGAGCCUCUCGAGACGAUACUAUUCGGUAUCUCUCGCGAGGAUCUUGGGACAAAUAAAAAGUUGGCCAGCUUUAAGCAAGCGGUUUCGUCCGGUCUGAGCGAAUUUUCUUCAGGACCAAAAGAUAUCCCCCCUCUGCCUCCGGGUGAUUUGUGUUACUUGAAAUUUUGGUCAACCGGAUACGUUGGUGUCUUUGUUUUAAUCAGGUUGGUACUUAAUGACUUGAUUUAAACUAGAAAAACUAACCUACAAUUUAUCACUGAAUAUAUUUUAACACGUUAACUGUAUUUUUUUGGAAAUUUCUAUAAUCAUGAAAUAAAAAAUUAAUGAAGACAAAUUAGUUUUAGUUAGAUAGAUUUUAAUCCUUGACGCGAUUCAGAUUAGAUUUCUGGAGAACAAGUAAUCCUUAGAAAAUUAAUUAACAGCGAACUUUUAUGAACACUGGAACGUUUGUAUUAUAUAUAAGAAAGAAGUUCGACGAAAAGAUAAAAAUUGAUAAGGGAUUCGGAUAAAAAUUGGGCAAUUUGCGUUGUAAAGGAAGAAGCUUGGUGCAAAAAAGAAAAAUAUUUUAUUUCUGUUAGUGAUUUAGUUAGUACAGCAUUAGUUCAGGAUUGAUACUGGAAAUUAUCUACUAUUUAUUCAUAGCAUUUUAUUUUUAAUUCUAUUGAUCUAAAUAUAGCAUAUUUAGUUCUGAAUUGUAGCUACAUAACAUGAUCGAUGAUAUCUCAAGCUAAAAUUAAUUUUAACUAAUUUUGUAAUUGCAACUGUCUUACUUAAAUGUACCUCGGUAUCAGACAAGCAGCCAAACCAGUUUAUUACGUACGUAUUUCCAGUGAAUUUGGUAAUGGAAAAGAAGCAGCAUAAUACAAAUCGUAAAGGUAAUUCGAUAUUAAAGACAAGAAGCGAUAGCAGUUUAUCAUAGAAGUGAAAGAGCUAGCCAAUCGCAGAUAACCAAACUAUCCAAUUACAAUCCAACUCGUCUGUCUACACCAAUUAACCACGAGUUGCCAUACACGCCACAACCAACCACGAACCAACGCAAACCACUGUGCUCGACCAAUUAACUCACCGUUUCAAUACGCAACAACUUCACUGUACCGUCGUUAUUUUAUCUACGUUGCAAACGACGAAUCUUCCAACAUCUUCGAACUCGACCGAACCAAAAGCGAAAGUUACGCUUCUCUUAUUCGUGUUGAUGUUUGUAUGGUGAAAGUUGCACCGCGUCAUGUCAUCGGACGACGUUUGCUACGAUUCUUCAUCGUUGUUGAAGAAAAAGACUGAAACGGAGAAUGGAGAAGAAGAGGAACAAGCAGAGGGGAAGGACAAUUGUCGAAAACCGUGGAGAACGUUGGACGCCCCUUCGGUCGAUCACGACGAUAACUUAUACGUAGCUGUUCGUCAGAGCUUGCACAAGGUUAAUCGAGUUUCAGAAAAUUCCUUGUCCCCGCUAAGAAACGCUGAAACUGGGAAUAGAAGUGGAGUGUCGCAGGAGUCCAGCAUGGGAAGAUUUUCCACCAUAAAGGCGUACUUUGAUAUGGGCCAGGAGGAGGGGUCAAGGUACACAUGCAGGACCACCAUAAUGGGCAAGCUGAAGAGGAUGCUGGAGUUGAGAAAACGAGAAGCGAGUUCCAUGGAAUCGACGAUGAACGGUUUGAAGAAAGACGUAAACGGCAAUAUAAUAUCAGACUAGAAGAGAAGUACGAAGGGACUUGAAAGCUACUGCCGUUCUAUGAUCAGCGGAAGGAAAUCAUCGAAGAGGAAACAAACUGUUCAAGAAUCUACCGCUGUUUUAUCGGAUAAUCCCCGCAAACGUGGGACGCGAGCAAAAUUAUAUUUUAAUUCCAUCUUUUGGUUGUUUCGUCGGGAAACGAUAUCGUGAAACCUGGAAAUACGAAGCAACACGAGCUCAUUUUUCAGUAUACGGUUAAAACUAUUUGCGGGGUUCAGACGAAAGAUCUUAUAGGUAUAUCAUACAUACUUUAAUUUGAGAAAACUAAAGUUAUUUUGUCUAAAGUUAUCAGGAUAUAAGGAUUAUUAUUUACACUAUAGUAGGUAUAUUUAUUCGAGUUUUUGUUUUCUCAGCAGAAACAUGUAUUCUUCUUUGUUUUGCUUAAAGUAACAGUGAAUCGUUUUAUUAUUUUUCAUUAGUUGUUUUUAAGUUAUAACAAAAGUACGCUGAAGAGAAAUAUUAGGAAAAAGAAUUUCUGGUAUUUCUAGCGUUAAAUUCUUAAAUGUAAUAAAGACAUGUUAUCAUACGUAUUCAUAAAUAUUUGGGAAUCUAUAGCAAAGUUGCCCAAAUAAAUACUCGAUAUUGUGUAUUUAAAUUUAUAUGCCGGUUUUAGAAAAAUAUUCGCGCUUGUGCCAUUUUCUCAUCGAUUGGUCGGACAUUGGUCAACGGUUGUCUAUUGAAGAUUUAUUUACACGUUGCGAUUGUCCGCCAAUUCACAACUAGCUCGAUAAUAAAGUUGUCACGAUGAAGUUAACGAGGUACGGUGAUGGAAUGAAAAUUAAGUAAGUUUUUCUGAGAAAGAUCUUGGCAAUGGAAAAUGUUGAAUGAUAAAGAUGAUUUAUGACAUUGUGUAUGAUUUUAAUAAAUUUUCUGCGACUUCCCUAA